AGAGGACGGAACUGUGAGCUUUUAAGCCCUGCCACCGAGCAGCUGGCUGCCCACCCACACCGUGCUGUGCCAUCCCAGACAAACAUCUCCUAGAGCAUCUGUAGGGCAGUGUGACUCACUGAGCCAAGGGCAUAAUCCGUGGGGAUGCAGCUGGACCUCAGCGCCGGGGGACAGUUCCUCGCUGCUGCCGAUUGGAAAUACUAAUCCACAGUCAACCUGUCCUUUUCCACACUCCACUGAUGGGGUGAGCACAUUAUCCUCAGGGGUGAGCAGGUUAUCCUUGGAAGGGACUGCCCUGCAGUGGAGCAACUGAACCUGUGGGCAGCACAUCUGACCAGUUUCUCUGGAGAGGCUUGGGGAAGUAGGUAUUGCUUUCCCAGCCUGCCCCAGGUCCAGAGGAUGGCAUAGCAAUAACGUCACUGCCCAGGGAGCUGGAGUCCUUCCUCGCCUGUUUGCCUGCUGCUUGAACUGAUCCCAAGCCUUUGUUUUUGGACUGAAGAAACCUGAAAACCUUUCUCUCCUAAUUCAUGAGCCAGCAGGAUGUGGUCGCCGUGCUUUCAGAACGCCUGCUUGUAGCCGCCUACAAAGGCCAAGUGGAGAAUGUGGUGCAGCUUAUCAACAGGGGUGCCAAGGUAGCGGUUACCAAGCAUGGCCGGAGCCCCCUGCAUCUUGCUGCCCACAAGGGUCAUCUCCACGUUGUCCAGAUUUUGUUGAAGGCAGGUUGUGACCUGGAUAUUCAGGAUGAUGGUGAUCAGACGGCAUUGCACCGAGCUGCUGUGGUAGGGAACACCGAUAUCAUAGCAACUCUGAUUCAGGAGGGGUGUGCUUUGGACAGACAAGACAAGGAUGGGAACACUGCUCUUCACGAAGCUUGUUGGCAUGGAUUCAGUCAGUCUGCCAAAGUGCUUGUUAAAGCAGGAGCCAACGUUCUUGCCAAGAACAAGGCAGGUAACACACCUCUUCACCUGGCUUGCCAGAAUAGCCAUUCCCAGAGUACUCGUGUUUUGUUACUUGGAGGAUCUCGAGCAGACCUCAAAAAUAAUGCAGGAGAUACCUGUCUGCAUGUGGCUGCUCGUUAUAAUCACUUGCCCAUCAUUAGGGUGCUGCUCAGUGCUUUCUGUUCUGUCCAUGAAAAGAACCAGGCAGGGGAUACGGCACUCCAUGUAGCUGCUGCUCUGAAUCACAAGAAGGUGGUGAAGCUGUUGCUGGAGGCAGGGGCCGAUGCAUCCGUUGUCAACAAUGCAGGUCAGACCCCUCUAGAGGUUGCUAGACAGCACAAUAACCCCGAGGUUGCACUCCUCCUCACUAAAGCAUCACAGGUCUCGCGUUUUAACCGUGGGAGAAGCCUGAGGAAGAAGAGAGAGAGACUGAAGGAGGAAAGGCGAGCUCAGUCGGUGCCACGGGAUGAAGUGGUACAGAGCAAGGGCAGUGUCUCAGCUGCUGACACACCGAGCAGCGACCAGCCCCCGCAGAGGAAGAACAACCUGAAGGAUGAACCGCGGUCAACCUCACCAGAUCCCAAAGGGAAGAAGAGCAAAAAGAAAAAGCCAAAGGAAAAGGUUUCUGCACUCUCGGACCCCAUCUGCCCAGCUGAUCAGCAGACACUCCCUCAGCCCCAGCAAAACGUGCCUAAGCGCAGAAGCAAACAUCACUGCUCCUCCCCACCCCCACCCCACGAGGUCCGAGCCUACCAGCUCUACACACUGUACCGAGGAAAGGACGGGAAGGUGAUGCAGGCACCGAUAAAUGGAUGUCGUUGUGAGCCCCUGAUAAAUAAACUGGAGAAUCAGCUGGAGGCAACAGUGGAAGAGAUAAAAGCUGAGUUUGGGACAGUACAAGAUAAGAUGAAUAUUAAGCUGGGCCAGAUGGAAAGCAAAACUCAACAUCAACUCCGUGUUUUAGACAAGCUUAUGGCUGAGCGGCUGUCUGCAGAGAGAACAGAGUGCCUUCACCGCCUGCAGCAGCACACUGAGCUGGAAAAGAAUGAGGGGGAGAAGCGGCAGAUUUCCUUGGUCGAUGAGCUGAAGACUUGGUGCUUGUUGAAGAUUCAGAACCUGGAGCUCAAACUUUCUGGAGACUCCAGGUCAUCAAGACCAAAAUCAACUCUGUCCACUUGUGAGUCUCUCACCGAGACCCUGGAUACAGACAACCACCCCCACAGUGCCAAGGACUGUAAAGCCAACCAGGCUGUGCUGCAGUCAGAGGGCUCCCACCAGCAUUCCUAUGUCACGCUUCCCAAUAGCCUCUUGGAAGAUGGGGGAAGGAGCAGAGUCCAGAUGCCAGAACAGAGCUUUGGGAAACACUUUUGCGUGAAACAGGAUGGUGCAUUGGGUACAACCAUGCCAGGUACAGAGCAACAGUCAGUGGCCGGCGGACCAGUUUCUUCCUCUGCCCCUGCUCAAGAUGUCAGGCCAAAGGACAAAGCUGUUAGUGCCAGCACGUUCCAAAAGUUCCAGCAGGAGCUGCCCUCCUCCGAACUUCUGGGCUCCAAAUUAAGACAUGUUAAGGUUCAAGCUGCUUUGCAGCCAUUGACUGAACCUGCAAAGACUGAACCACAGGGCGGAUACUUCAUCGACAAAGGAACUCAGACAAAAAAGUCCAGCAGGAGUGGGCAGUCGAGGCACAAAGCUGUGCACCAUGGCGGGGCACACCAGAGCCAGGAGCAGCAGCCCUGCCCCCCGCCUGCAGGACAGCCGCCUGCCCCUCCCCUCAGAGACACCUCCCAGGCCCUGGAGAUAACACAGUACUUCUUCGAGGCUGUCUCCACACAGAUGGAGAAGUGGUAUGAGCGGAAGAUAGAAGAAGCCCGGUGCCAAGCAAACCAGAGAGCGCAACAGGACAAAGCUGCGCUCAAGGAGCACAUUAAAUGCUUAGAAGAGGAGCUCAGCAAAUUAAGGACUAAGGUGCAGAAGGACAGCUAGCAACUGCUGAGCAGGCAGUCAAGCAACGGGACUCAUCUUGGAACCUUCUGUAUGGGAAUCUGGAAUAUUGAUAGAUAUUUGUAGUGCCUGUUGUAUUUAAACAAAACACUCUUUUUCAGGAGUAGAAAUAACUCUGGAAACUCCAUAACUGAGGAGGAUUCAUAUGCAGACUACACUGAUAACAAUGAGAUGCUGCAGCAGAUUAGAUCCUUUCUUUGUUAUUUCCAAGAGCCUGUUAAUAUUGCACUCUCAGUUUCCAGAUGCUGCUUGAAAACAAAUGUAUUAGCAACCAAAACUGCUUUCUGAAACGGGAAUUCCCUUAUUUCCACAUAGGUCAUGUGCGGCUAAAGGGUUCCACUGUAUGCUACAUGUAAACAUGUGGUGAUACCAGUACUGAAAUAAACGCAGGAUGUUUGCGAGCCUUUGACAGAACUCCUUAGUGAUGAAGGGCUAUUGAUCCUGUUUUAGAUACUCCCCAGGGCCUGUCUCUAGUCAGUGAAGAAAAGCUACAGAACCCACUCCAAUUACAAGCCCAGGUAGGUGACAGAUGCAGGCUUUCAGCUGGAAGAGGGCAGGCAACCACAGAUGGA